AACAGGCUUGCCUUCAAUUUAAACCCCUUUUACCUUCUCUGAUACCAUUAAUCAGGUUCCUCUUUCUCUAAUUGGUACAUUCGAAGGCCCCAUCUCUCUUUCUCUCUACCCAUCCGGCAAAGGAGUUUCUCUCUCUUCUGUCCAUAUUUCUGCAUUUUCUGAUGAGAUUCAAGUUUUCCUGUGGCACCAACAACAAGAACAAAGAGGGUAUACAGAUGAGAGAGAUUGGUGGUUAGGGAUGGCAGAAGGUUGAGAGAGAGAGAGAGAGAGAGAGAGAGAGAGAGAGAGAGAGAGAGAGAGAGAGAGAGAGAGAGAGAAUGGAGUAUCGGUUCAUGGGGGAUCAAGUGAUGGAUGAUGGAGUGGUGAUAAUAUCAGGAGUGGAGAGAGAGAGAGCGAGAGAGAUGACGAUUGGGAGGAUGAAGUGCAUGUCUUGCAAGGAAGAGUACUUCGAGGAGAAGGCGGGCACCUGCAAAGAGUGCUACGAUGAGGCUUCGGAGACGGAGGAGGAGUUGAAGAAGGAGAUUGAGGAGCUGAGGGCCAACAUAUCCUUCCUCAGGCUUAGCCCCCCUCAUUCCUCUCUCUCUCAACAUUUCUCUGACCUCCAAAUUGAGACCCCAUGUGGAAGAUGCAUCCCUGCUCACAAGGCAGUCUUGAUGAGCAAAUCUCCAGUGUUCCGGGCCAUGCUGGAGAACAACAUGGAGGAGAGUAGGAGCAACACCAUUAAGAUUACAGACAUAACUUACGAGGUUAUGUUCACCUUCAUAGAUUACCUUUACACAGCUGAAGUAACCCUAGAUGAGGAGAAGGCCUUUGACCUCUUGGUAGUAGCAGAGAAGUAUGAAGUGCAGCACCUCAAGAAUGUGUGCGAGAAAUAUUUGACCGCCACACUUAAUGUUGAGAAUUCCCUUGCCAGCUUUGCAUUUGCCCACAAGUAUAAUGCUAAGCACCUCUCUGAGGCCUCUCUCUCACUCAUCUUAGACAACAUGCAAACCUUGACAACCCGAGAUGAGUACCGAGAGCUGGUGGCUGGAGACCCACGUCUUGUUGUGGAGAUUUAUGAGUCCUAUUUGGCCAAGCAAGCCAAUACUGCUGCCUAGGACCCAAUACUGCUGCCUAGGACUUGUGAGCCAAGAGCUUGUUUCUUACCCAUAGUAUCCCUUCUUUAUUAAGAUUGUAUCCCUUCUUUAUUAAGAGAGAGAUUUCCAUCUGGCAGCCUUAAUGGUAUGAUGUUCUCAAUUCUGACCUUUGGCUUUUGGGUUCAAGUUGUGUGCAUAGAGAAGAGGGAGAAGUGGUCAACGAUUUGUCAAUGACUCCCUCUUAUGUUCUUCCCAAGGCUGCAAAUCUUGUACCAAAUGCCGUCUGAUGUACUGUAAGUUAUGGUUGGGAUGCUUUAUAAUGUAUUAUAAUUGAUGCUCAUAUGCCUUAAAAGGUGAGGUGGUAGAUUAAUGUCUAGUCUACUUAUGAGGGUGUCUCAGAUAUUUU